AUGCCAGUCCUUCUUGAAGCAUCAUGUCACUGCAAAGCAGUCAAAUACACUCUCGAGUCUAAUACUCCCGUACCGUAUAUGUUAUGCCAAUGCUCAAUCUGUCGUAAAGUCGGGGGAUACAUGGGUUCAGUCAAUAUCAUGGGAAAUACCAAGACUCUCAAGUUCAUCAGAGGAGAGGAUAAGAUCAAAAAAUACAGAGCUGUCAAGUCGUACGAUAAGGACGAUAGUCCGAAAGAACGAUAUGGUUCCGAGCGAGCUUUUUGCACUGAAUGUUCUUCGAUGCUUUGGUGUUUUGAUGAACAAUGGGCUGAUUGGAUCUACCCAUUCGCAUCGUGUAUUGAUAAACCCAAUCCUCUUCCCCCCAUCCCCGAGGGAGAAACCAUCAGGGCUAUCAAGAGGGAUUCAUGUCCUAGCCACGUGCCUAUUCCGGAAGGUGCUAAGGCUUAUGAUGAUUAUGGACCAGGAAAGGGUAUCGAGGAUUGGCACAAAUCUACGGGAGCUUGGGUCGAUUAG